AUGGAAGAGUACAAGAAGAAAACCAAUACCGGGGAUGAUGUAUUCAUCCGGCUGCAGAAGCCCAAGGAGCCAGCACCAGGCACAAUCCCAGAUGACGGUCAGGAUCACUCCUUACCCCGACCAACAGCCGUUUUGCUGGGGUGGUUUGCUGCAAAACACAAGAAUCUGUCCAAAUAUGGUGCGAUUUAUGAGGAUAUGGGGUACAACGUUGUUCAAGUCAUAGCCCCUGCAUCUGUUGUCUUUCCACUCAAACCGCAAUACACAGCAGCGUUUACUCUCUCUCUGCUGCGAAUUAUCGCCGCUGAUAGCCAUCUCACAAAUGGCGGUAUCGUUUUCAUGAUGUUUUCCAAUGGCGGCGCUAUCAAUGCACCGCAUUUGUCAAGAAUGUUUACUGGCGAAUACCAAGAGAUCAUCAAAGCGGACGAUGAGCCAGCCGUGAAAACUGUGAGAGAAGCAGUCGCCGGUAUAAUUUUUGAUUCUGCGCCCUGCUACAUGCGGUCUCAUCUCGGUGCUAGAGCCAUCAAUGAAGGUUUGAAAUUGCCAGAAGGUAUUUUUUCUAAACUAAUUCUGUUUGCCUUCACGCUAUGGUCUUUGUUGCAAAGAUUAUUUAUAAUCAACCUUCCGCUUUAUUUUUGGACAGGCUUGAGAAGAGCAGAAUAUCUAUGCCCAGAGCUGUAUAUUUACUCUACUGCAGACCACUUAUCUGAUAUUCCGUCCCUGGAAGCACUUGUUGAAGAGAGAAAACAGCAAGGGAAGGAAGUUCGGGUUUUCCGUGUCGAAGAUGCUGGUCACGUCAUGAUACUCAGAAACCAUCACCAAAAAUACGUUGACACAAUCCGUGCGGUGAACGACUGGGGUGUAAACCCAUAUCGGUCCAAGGCUGGUCUGAGACCCUGGCUACUACAGGAGAACGAUAAAUCAUAAAGCGUCUUUUCAUAUUGGGAUAGAUCUUUCUAUUUCCCAUGAAGAUAUAUCCGCAAUUUAA